GGUAAAUUAUUAAAAUAAUAUUGAUCAACUGUUGAAUGUCAAUGUUAAUCUAACGCGCAUUAUCGUCGCGUGGGGGGAAAGGCCGUGUCAUCGGCGCAUCCUCACAGUCCGCAGUGACUGCUCGCCAUUCGACCACCGACCACCAAAUGUGCCCUACGGCCUUACAAACCUCAUUAUGCCAUGGCCGGCAUAGAGCUUAUUAUAUCCUCUAUAUGUAACGCUACGUUCUGCGAUGUUCCUUAUGGCGGUGCUGAUAAAGGAUCUGAAGUUCUAACACCGGAGGUGAUUAACUUUAAGAGUUUAAUGCAAGAUGUGAAUGGGAAAAACUUAAAAGUUACAACAUAUAAUAACACACCUCUGAGUUGGACGGAACACCACAAUGGCACAGUGGUGGGCAAAGGGGUGGCCUUCACGGUCAUGGAAAUAUUACGGAAGAAAUUCAAUUUCACCUACGAUGUGAUCGAACCAAAGAGAAACUAUGAGUUGGGAGGCAGAGUGACUGAUGAUUCCAUAAUAGGACUUCUCAAUUCUAGCAAAGUGGAUAUGGCCGCAGCGUUUAUGCCGACAUUGAUAGCGUAUCGGAAACAAGUUUCAUUCUCAAUAGAUUUGGACGAAGGAGUGUGGGUGAUGAUGCUGAAGAGACCCAAAGAAUCUGCUGCCGGGUCGGGUUUACUCGCUCCUUUUAACGAUCUUGUAUGGUAUCUAGUCCUUGCCGCAGUUUUAACAUUUGGCCCCUGCAUAACAUUCUUCACGAGGGUCCGAACCAAACUAAUUGCUGAUGGAGAAGGCGUUCUACCGUUAAAACCUAGCUUUUGGUUUGUGUACAGCGCUUUUCUGAAGCAAGGAACUAAUUUGUCUCCAGAAGCCAAUACGACCCGCGUACUCUUCGUAACUUGGUGGCUGUUCAUGAUCUUGCUCUCUGCGUUCUACACGGCGAACCUGACUGCUUUCCUCACGCUGUCCAAGUUUACUCUGGCUAUUGAGAAUCCUAGGGACUUGUACCAGAAGAACUUCCGAUGGGUCGCUUCAGCUGGCAGCUCGGUGGAACAUAUUGUGAAAACUGAAGGAGAAGACCUCUAUUACUUGAGCGCCAUGAUCAACAACGGCAAAGCAAGAUUUCUCUCAGUACUGAGUGACAAGGAUUUCCUGGAUCCCGUGAAGAGAGGUGCAGUGCUGGUGAAAGAACAGACCGUGGUAGACCAUCUGAUGUACAACGAUUAUACUUCGAAGAAAGAUGUGGAGGAGUCUGAUAAGUGCACUUAUGUCGUGGCUCCUAAUGCCUUUAUGAAGAAACAGAGGGCCUUCGCGUAUCCUGUGGGCAGCAAGUUGAAGAGCUUGUUUGAUCCCGUAUUAACCCAAAUAUUCCAAGCCGGCAUCCUGGACUUUCUGAAGCGUUCCGACCUUCCCAGCACGAAGAUUUGCCCGCUAGACCUGCAGUCUAAAGACCGCAAGCUUAGGAACAGUGAUCUGAUCAUGACGUACUUGGUGAUGGUCGCUGGAUCUGCUACUGCUGUCGCCGUUUUUGCUGCUGAAAUAUUCAUAAAACGAUACCUCUCCGUCAAAGUGAACAAGACAAAGAAGACGAAAGAUCGAAUCAAGAAAUCGAAAAUCGGCAAAAAAUCGACUCGCUACGAUGACAGUCGCCCGCCUCCCUACGAUUCUCUAUUUGGUAAAAAUCCCAGAUUUAAUGUGGAGACUACACGGACUAAAAUCAUCAAUGGCCGUGAAUAUUAUGUUUUUGAAACUGGGAAUGGAGAUCGGAAACUCAUUCCUGCAAGGGCGCCAUCUUCGUUCCUCUAUCGAUCUGACAAAUAAACAAUUGACAAUCGCCUAUUAUGAACAUUAUGGGCAUAUGGAAAUACCUCUCUAGUAGAAAAUCUCUUUUAGUGUGGAUGAUAGUACAAAUUAGUGUGUGAAAUUAGUUUUAAGCUCUACAAUAUAAGACACAAGCACAAUGCACAUUUUAAAUGGGGCAGAAAAUGUAGUCAAGUUGAAAUAUAAAAAUUCAAACCA